ACGAGGAACAUUGUCCUUCUGGAUUCCUCGAGUUACGUCCUCGCAGCUAGCUUCAUAGUUCCUUUAAAUCGCCGGGGAAAAUGAGGCGGUUUUUAAUGAAGAAGAAGAGGAGGAGUUGUCCGCGGUCGUCAGGACAGACAGAGCGCGCUCGCGCGUGUCUCGCGGCGAGAGACCAUGGGUCGCCUCUGCACCGCCGCCGGCGGGGUCGGCACGGAUGACUCCCGCGGGCUGCUGAGGCCUCACUCGUCCGGUCACUUCACCUGCUCGUCGCUCAGCAUCCGCUCCUGCAGGAGCCGCGAUCACCCGGAGACGCCGCGGGCCCCCAGGAGCAGCCGGGGCAGGAGGAGCAGGCGCCGCGCCGUGCUGAAGAGCGGCGACUGCAACGUUGUGCAGAGCCACGUGCGCCACCGCGGCCGGCGCUUCCUGAAGGACGUCUUCACCACGCUGGUGGACGCGCGCUGGCGCUGGACGCUGCUGGCCUUCGCGCUCAGCUUCGUGCUCAGCUGGCUGGCCUUCGCCGCCGUCUGGCUCGUCGUCGCCUUGGCCCACGGCGACCUCGAGGGGGCCGGCGAGGAAGAGGGCUGGACCCCGUGCGUGGUCAACGUGCGUAGCUUUACCUCCGCUUUCCUGUUCUCUGUGGAGACGCAGCACAGCAUCGGCUACGGCAGCCGCAGCACCACCGAGGAGUGCCCCGAGGCCAUAUUCGUGAUGGUGCUGCAGGCGAUCACGGGCCUGCUGGUGGAAGCCAGCAUGAUGGGCGUGGUGUUCGCCAAGCUGUCGCGCCCCAAGCAGCGCGCCCAGACCUUGCUGUUCAGCAAGCACGCCGUCGUCUGCCUGCGGGACGGCGGGCUGUGCUUCGCGUUCCGCGUCGGCGACAUGCGCAAGUCGCGCAUCGUCGGCGCCAAGGUGCGCGCGCUCUUCAUCAGCUCCAAGGUCACCGGCGAGGGCGAGCUGCUGCCCCACUACAGGACCGAGAUGCCCGUCGGCAUCGACGGCGGCGACCACAACCUCUUCUUCAUCUGGCCCAGCCUGGCGGUGCACCACAUUGACCGCCGCAGCCCGCUGUACAUGCUGACGGCCGCAGAUCUGGUCGACCCGACCACGGAGUUCGAGAUUGUCGUCGUGCUGGAGGGCACCAUUGAGUCAACGGGCCAGGUGACGCAGGCCCGGUCGUCGUACCUGCCGGGGGAGAUCCUGUGGGGCCACCGCUUCCAGCCGCUGACCGCCUACAACGAGGGGCUGCAGGGCUACGAGGUCGACUACAGCCUCUUCGACCGCACCUGCGCCGUCGACACCCCGCUCUGCAGCGCCGCGGAGCUCGACCGGAUCCGCAGCAGCGGCAGCAGUCCAGCGGAUCACUACGGCAAAGUGUUUCGCAACGUCUGUUCGCCGACCGUGACCUUCACGCUAUGCUCAGACGAGGAAGGCAGUGAGCACAACCACGCAGCCGAAAAAGGCAGCACGUGCUGACGUACACGUUGCAGUUGGCAGGUGUUACCACGUGCAGCUGUGAUACACAGAGUUGGCAAAUCAGAAAAAAAUAAGCGCGAGCAAGGAGACCAUGCAGAAGAACUUUUUUUUUUUUUUAAUCAUUUGUAAAUAAAUUACAGUGAUUUUAAAUGUGAUUUUCCUGCAUUGACUGAUAAACAAUAGACAUUUAAGGAAUGUUUAAAAACAAUGGACAGGUACCAAUUUUUUUUAGUCAUUUCUGUAUUAUUUUGGGUGUAAUUGAUAACUCAUCUAUUUGCAGGAGAUGAAAAACCCUAUUUGUUAAUGCCUGUGUGGUAAUGGACAACUUAACCCAAUUAAUUUAAAUAUUUUUACUACUUUAACAUCCUGCUCCACUAGUUUGAGAUACUUCUAUUCAUCAAAUCAAAUGAUCCAAGGAAGUGGAACAUGAGAUUAAGUUGGCAAACAGUUUUGACAUAGUAUUUGAUAAUGGACAUGUUAACCCAAUUAAUUGGGUUGGAUCAUUUGAUUAAAUUUUGAUUUGAUGAAUUGAAACCCAAACCAAUCAAACUAGUGUAGCAGGAUGUUAUAGUUGUCAAACCUCUCUGUACACAGUAAGUUAAGAAAAUAUCUGUAUUAAUUGUACAAUAGGAUAGUCACACAUAAUAUAAACCUGUACAUGUUUGUAAAUACCAUGUAUGCAUAUUGGUCAUUAAAAUAUGUUUUGGACAGAA